AUAUUAUUGAAUGUUAUUGUCAACUUCAAAGUUAUCAACAUCAAAACUUUAAAGAUCAUAAUUAUUAUCUAGUCCAUAAAGAUCAACAGUUAAUUAUUUGAAUUAAGAUCUUGAUUCACCAUCUAGAUAAAGGAUUAAGCUUCUUUCUGAUAAAUGGAAUCAUAUAUAAAAUGGAAUAGAUAAGGAUAAAUUGGAGAAAAGAGAAGUCUUGGAGGAAAGAAUAAAAAUUAUAGAGGAUGUUUUAUCUUCAGAAAAACCUAAAGAUGAAUAAAAAUUCAAAGUUUUAAAGGAUCAAGUUCUUAAAUUAUAAGAUUAUGCCCAUAAUCAAAAGGCAGAAAGAGAAGUAUUAUUUAUAUUUAUAAACUUUAGGGUUUUGAUGAUAAGAAGGAAAGAGAUUUUAGAACUUUAUCUGAUAAUAUAGCUUUAUCUUUUGAUUAAGAAAGAAAUAUUAGAGGAUAAGGAGAAACUAAAUUGCAAAAAUAAAUUGAUGAGAGAUUCACUUAGAUCACUUUGACAAUAACUAGAAAUAAUCAUUAAUAUGAAGAUAGAAGUUAAGCUAAGAUUGCAGAAGUACUUUAAUAAGUUUAAUUGGUUAAAAAUUAAUUGGAUUAAGAAAGAAGAUCAAGGUACUUGAUUUCUGUUUGAUAUCUUUAGAGAAGAAUCGUCAGAAAGUUUAAGUGAACAAAUUGAUUAAGAAAUUAAUAAGUUCUCAGAUCAAUUGUUAAUUGAAAAGAAAGUUAGAGAGGAAACUUAAGGAAAGAUUUUUAGAAUGAUAGAAGAUGUGCAUGGUAAAUUAUAAUAAGACAUCAAUUUUGAGAGACGAGAAAGAGAAAGCACUACUGAAGCAUUAUUAAAACUAUUAGAAGAUGCUUGUAUCUAAAUUGAUAAGAAUUUUAGAUAUUGAUCUUAUGAUAUCAGUAU